AUGGCUCACUCUACUUGGAACAAUUGUUUACUCAAGAUAAGUUUUACUCCCUCUCAUAUCCCCUCGCGGGUACAUUGGGAUAUUGUGUUAAGAGCCCCUGCACAAUUGCCGGGGAAUUUCUGGACGUAUAUAAGUCUCAAUUUUGACAAAACUAGGAGAGCAGACAAUCCCCUCUCCCCUCUUGCAGCUUCGGAUUUAAGGACAUACGGGACAGGUUUUCGGCUUACUGGCAUUCUUGAUUUCAAACCUGCGCUAGUCAUGGAACUCUCACGCCUCUUGAACCCGGCAGUGCCGGAUGAAGCAUCAUCGCGGUGUCCCGAAGCAUCUCCCGCGAGCUGGACUCGCAUGUCUGAAGCCCAGCAGAUACACGCCGUCAUUGGGACUAGCCAGAGCAACCUGGCUAAAAACUUAAGGGCCAUCCACGAUCCCGCAACGAAGGAGCCUGCCACCAAUCCCUGGAGCCAAACCAUCGCGCAGCGAUACCAGGUACAGUACCACCCCGAAGUCCACCCCCUCCAAGACGACACCAUCCGGGAAGUCAUCGACAAGGGAGAUGAGCUUGCCGAAGAGCUUCUCGAUGCGCUAAACGACGCUGACGAUGUCGUAGAAGCGGAAUGCGCGUUCGCCCGAGCCUUCAUAUGUGGGGCCACCCUUUCAGAGGAAGAGCGUCUCGCAGCGUGCUACCUGAUCCUCGUGAAGCUGGUCGAGCGCUGCGUGCUCGGAUUCUGCGACGACUGCAAGUACAUGUCCGCCCGGCGCAGGAAAAGAACCAUUCCGCAAGAUCUGGGUGUCAGCUGCAUGGACAGGUUCAGACGUGUGAGGGAGACACUCCUGCGCGUGAAGUCGGUGUGCCGACAAGUGGUUCUGGAGGAUCACCAGAUUGCGGAGCUCGUGCAUCAACCGCUUACGAUUCUGUCGGCGUACCUAGGCCGUGACUUUGAUGUGAAGAAGUGGGUCAAGCCGAAGAAGAAAGCACGAGCGCCUAAGGCGAGGGCAAUGGAUGGUACAGAGCAGGCCACUGAUGCUGUAACCGUCAAGGGGAGCCCGACGGCGGGAGGGAAGCGUAGAACAAAUCCCGACGUGAAUGACGACGCUGUACCGCCAAAGGCAAAGCGCGGUCGCCCACGAGCCAAGCGUCCUAGCACCCUUGACGGGACGGGCGGAGUUCCAAAAGACGCUGCCGAGCUCCAGAAGUGGCGAUGCCGCGUCUCAGAUACGUGGAAGUCAGUCACUGAGUAUCAAUUCCAGAGCAGUGGGACUACACCUCUUCUCGCUCAACUGAAUAUGGGUUCUUCGUCCAUGAAAAGCAUCGUCGAGGCCCAUAAGCGAGCUCAAGCAUAG